AGUUUGUACAAUCGUAGAGGUAUAGAAAGGACAGGAGAACGUUUGGUAAACGCAGUUAUCUGGGGGUGUGUUUGUCAACAUGCCUAACCAGUGUGUGGCAGCGAACUGCACGAACAAGAGGGCGGAUGGCUUUAGCCUUUUCCAGAUGCCAUCGGACGAAAAUCUGCGGGCGAAGUGGAUUCAGCAAAUUCGCCGUACAAGAUCUGGCCCGAACGGAAAGCUGUGGAACCCAACCAAGAACUCGUUUUUGUGCUGUGCACACUUCACAGAGGACUGCUUCAACCCUGUCUCAAAGUUGAAGCAACAGUUCGGGAUUGAGAUGAAACAGCACAAGAAGUUCUUGUUGCCCGGGGCUGUUCCAAGUAUCUUUCCCCGUGCCCGAGGCACAGAGUCAGAGGCGAGCACGGCGCAGCCUAAAAAGCGCAGGAAAUCUGGUGCAGUUGAGAAAAGGCGCAGAAUUGAGAUACUUGGGGAAUGUAUGAAUCAGCACCAAGAGUCUUCUGCUGAUACAGAAGAGAGGGGAGAUGGUGCAGGCUCUCUUGAAGAAAGUGAUGGUGGCGUGCCUGUUGAUGUAAACCCAACAGAAUUGCAGAAACUACUCAUCAGAGAGUUGCUCCGGCCAGUGGCUCAGGAGCAGACUGGCCAAAGCAGGACACCAGUCACACGGCAGACAGUCAAGGAAGAAGAUGACCAAGAGAAAAACCUUUGCAACAGUGAGAACAACACUACAGUAUCCCAGCUGAUCUCCAAUGCAGCUGCAAUUCACACCAAACAGGAGCCAUUUGAUGAACUAGAGAAGGACUUUGUGAAUUGCUGCAACAGGAAUGCACAACUGUUGAAUGAUGUUUGUGGGACAGUUGGUGAGUUCUAG